AUGCCUUCGGCCUGGAUGUCGUCUUUCUUUGCAGUGCUCUUUGUGAAAUUUGUGAAAUUGGCUGGCAGUUUGCGAGAGGAUAGAGUAGAAAGUUUGCUCCAAGAGGCAGCUGAAUCUGUUCUACAGCCAGUGGUGAGUCGCAAAGGAGUUGAAGUGAGCGGCAAACUCCGCGCAAAGCUCUGGGAAGAUUGCCAGAGCGUGCUUGGGCAAGUCUCCGAGAGCUUGGAUGGCUUGGAUGGCUUGGAUCAAUGCCUACAAGUUUGCAAGACUGGAAGUACAGAGGACUGUGAAGAGAGAUGUCAUGCCAGGCACAUGCUGCAACAAGAGGAGGCAAACUUCAACAGCUUUAAGAUACGCUCGGCAAGCUCGGCAAGCUCGGCAAGCUCGGCAAGUGGGACGGGCUCUCUGGGGACACAGUCAUGUUCUGUGUUGUUAGAGGUGCCUGUCGGAAAGAGCAGCAAGGAGACAAAAGAACUUCAAGUUGCGUGCCCUGUGGUGUGCGUUGCGGAUGACAAGGUGCUGGAGCUCUUUGAGCACAGCAUUGAGAAGAGGCUUUGCACUGAAGUACAGAAGUUGCGCAAGGAGCCACAAGACGUCGAUGCAGACGUUUGGAGCGCAGGAAUGACCCUGUACCAAAUGCUAGUUGGGAGGCCUUUGCUGCAAGUCAACUUGAGUCCUGGCGCGACACGCCUCUCAGAGCGUGACCCGCAUCAAGCCACAGAGAUCAAACAGAAGUGGCUGCUGCAGGAGAUUUGCAGCGUUUGCCCGCCAUCCCCUGAGACCAAGCCCAGCAAUAUUAGUGAAGAGUGCUGGGACUUUCUGGGCAGAGUCUUGACCGUGCAGCGAGAAUACCGCAUCAACAUCACCGAAGCACUGCAGCAUCCAUGGCUGCAGUAUGCACUCCUCAAGGAGCUUUGCGCAGAGAUGCCGCAGAGUCCACCACGCGCCCGGCCAAAGGUCGCAUGCAAGGCUGGAAGGUCGCCAGGCCAGGACGUCUCGGUCCCCACACCUGAGAAGCCCAGAUCAUACGAUCCGUGGGAAAGCCUGGCACUAGGGAUGCAGGGCUCAGUGGUUGAUCAUGGUGAACCAUGGUUAGACCACCUGAAGAGUUGCCGGAAAACAUGGGAUACACAUUCAUUUAAAACUUGA